UCUGCACCGUCAGAUCUCAGCAUAGUGAUUGAACGGUCACAAAUCAAACCCUAGACGUGUCCAAUUAAUGCCCGUUUUUUUCGUUGAUCUCCCUCUCCCUCUCGUGUGCCCAGGCAAUCCUCUUCUCUCUCUCUGUUUCGGUUGAAGGCUGCGCCACAUACUACAUUCGUCUGGAAUAAGCUUCGAGCUUCAUUAACAAUGGCGGUGUCGUUCUCCAACCUGGAAUCAAAUGCUGGAUUGAAGAAGCGCGACGAGUAUCUGCUCACUUGCAGUUACAUCACCGGAUACCAGGCUUCAAAGGAUGAUCUCUUCGCCUACACGGCUCUCUCAUAGCCUCCGACUUUGGAGUAUGUGAAUGCCUCCCGUUGGUACCACCACAUUGAUGCUCUUUUGAGGAUCUCAGGUGCAUCUGCUGAAGGGAGCGGUGACUGUGAGGGCUUUGCUCCUAUCACUGAAGAGGCUGUUGCCACUCCCCCGGCAGAGAACUGUAAGGCUGCCGAGGCUGAAGACAGUGAUGAUGAUGAUGUUGACCUUUCCGGGGAAGAGAUUGAGGAGGAAACUAAAGAUGCCGAGGAAUGUGCAGCUUCUGUGAAGGCUACCGGAAAGAAGAAGGAAUCUGGUAAGUCAUCGAUUCUUUUGGACGUAAAGCCAUGGGAUGACGAGACUGACAUGAAGAAGCACGAGGAGGCAGUGAGAAGCGUUGAAAUGGAAGGAUUGCUUUGGGGAGCAUCAAAGCUUGCACCCCUUGGUUACGGUAUCAAGAAGAUGCAGAUCAUGCUCACCAUUGUCGAUGACCUCGUUUCUGUUGAUACCCUCAUCGAGGAGCAUCUAACUGUCGAACCCAUCAAUGAAUAUGUCCAGAGCUGUGACGUUGUGGUCUUCAACAAGAUAUGAGGGAGGAUGAGGAGAGAUGACAAAGGGGUCUUUAUUCUAACCUCAGAUAUGUUUUUAGAGCAUCUUGUCUUGUGUGAACACAUUAUUAAAAUCUUUAUGCUUGUCUCUUAGGGCACAUGCCCUUUUGGUGAUUACACAACCUACUAAGAGGGCAAAAGAGAGUUUUGCAAUUUUUGGAUUCUCGUGUAAACUUUGUUGUUAAGGUUAAAUAAAUUUGGUAGGUACCAUA